AGCGAGGAGGUCCCCAGAGGAGGCUGGGCCCUGCCCUGAGACUGGGAAGUUUCCUUCCUGACCCUCCAUCCCUUCCUUUUCCCCUUCCUCUUAGUGGUGACCGUUUCCCCCCAGGUCCGGCCUCAGUCCUCUGACACCUGGCGGGGACCAUGCACUGUGCCUGCCUGGCUGAGGGCAUUCCGGCCACCCCUGGCAACUACUGGAUCUCAGGCGUGGCCUUCCCUGACUGGGCCUACAAAGCCGAGUCGUCCCCUGGCUCCCGGCAGAUCCAGCUGUGGCACUUCAUCCUGGAGCUGCUGCAGAAGGAAGAGUUCCGCCAUGUCAUCGCCUGGCAGCAGGGAGAGUAUGGGGAGUUUGUCAUCAAGGAUCCCGAUGAGGUGGCCCGCCUCUGGGGCCGCAGGAAAUGCAAACCACAGAUGAAUUAUGACAAGCUGAGCCGGGCCCUCAGGUAUUACUACAACAAGAGGAUCCUGCACAAGACCAAAGGGAAGAGGUUCACUUACAAGUUCAACUUCAGCAAGCUCAUCAUCGUCAACUGCCCUUUGUGGGGAGUGCGGGCACCAUCACCCCCACACCUGCUGCUGGGGGCUCCCCCCCUGGGUCGGCCAGCCCUGGUGCCCACGGGUGUGCAGAGUGAGCUCCUGCACAACAUGCUGUUUACCCACCGGGCCGUGGCGGAGCAACUGGCUGGACUGCAGACCCCCCAGGGGCCACCAGAGGCUACUGGGGAGAAGAAGGGGACCAGCAGCACCGUCCACCGACUUGGUUCUGCCUUGGGCCCUUGCCGGCUGGGCCCUUGCUGCCACUUUGGGAACCCCCAAGGCGAGCUGCCCAGCCUUGCCACCUUCACCCCCGCUCUUCUGCCUCCUCUCCCUUCCAACUGGACUGGCCUCUCAGGGCCCUUCUCGACUCCUCUCUCCUCAGAGCAGCUGCUCCCAGGGACCCCCAAGCUAGACACCCUGCUUCCAGGACCCGGCUUCUCCCCAGGGUCCUGGCAUUUUCCAGGGCUCCCCCUGUUGGCCGGGUUGGGCCAGGGCCCCGGUGAGCGACUCCUGUCGCUCAGGCCUGAGGGGCUGGAGGUAAAACCUGACGCUGUGGCAGGGGCCAAGGGCUGCCUGAACCCCAGGGAGGGCAUCUCCUCAGAGACCCACAGACUCCAACCUGGGGAGGAAAACUCUGAGUCCCCCAAUUUGGAAAACCUCAAGGUCGUGUGGGCCUUGGAUCCUCCUUAAUUGGAGAGGAAGAUGUGAAGGGCAGCAGUCUGCAAACGCCAUCUCUCCUCUUGCCCACCUUCCUCCUGGCUGGACACCAGCCAAAAUUGCAAAAGAAUUUGAAAUUGGACCGAGAGAGGGGGCAUGGCAGGAAGACACCAGUGUGGGGUGGGGAAAACAAGGCAGGGACCCUCUUCUCCCACCAACUUGCUCAUUAGACUAAGGAGACAUUCAAUCUCAAUUUUCUUUGAGAGAAAUGAGGUUAAGGUCUCCAUCUUUCAAUCACUCCACGCCUGCCCCUGAGGGAGGAAAUUAAGGACUGUGCUGGGGAGGGGCCGAGUCUCAGGUGACUCCUGUCUUCUCUGGGCUCUUCUCCCUGUCCAGGCCACGGUCCCCAGUCACUCUCCCACACCUCCAUGCCCUUCUCUUCCAUCCCUCUGAUUUCUGGGUCCUGGUGGCUCCUGACCCCUUUAGGCACUUUCUUUUGUCUCCACUGCCCCAAGCCCCAGGCAGGUGGCUGGGGAGGGCUGGCUUCCUAUCUCUGUAAUACUUGAAUAAAAUACCCGUGGCAAACUGCCCUCUCCGUGGC